AUGCGAUCAUUGGGAGCUGUGGCUGCUGCGCUGCACGCAUCUCUGCUGGUGCUGCUGGCCCAGGGGACGCACAGAUCCAGGGAUGGAGUUUACACCAGGGCGCAGGAGCGGUUUUCCCUCAUGGAGCGAUCGGCCGGGUACCACCUGCCUACCUACAUGAUGCAUCUCUACAGGAAUUUCAAGUACAACUUUUCCAGGCCUUUGGAUACUAUGGAGCAGGAUGCCGCAAAGCAAGCAGACACCGUGAAGAGUGUGAUGGCCAAAAGUUUGACAUACAGACAGAGGCGCUGGAUUGCGACCUUUGACCUCCACGCCCUGCUGGCUGACAAACAGAUCCAGGCAGCAGAGCUGAGGAUCAGGCUCCCUCGGACACCCAGUGCUUCCAACAUCACCGUGGAGGUCUAUCACCAGCACGGCCAGGCAUGCCAUGUGCACAAGAGCUGCCAGGAGCAGCAGCUGGUGGGGCUGCUCACUGAAUCAUCGCUGGUCACAUCAUCACAGAACUGGAAAGUGUUCAACAUGACAAAACCUCUCUCGAGCUGGCUCAGACAAAAAUCGGUGACGGCCAGAAUUCGAUACAAAAGAGUGUCGAGAAGACGAGGGGCAGUAAAGACAAAGAGUGGCCUGUCGCUUCCCGAUCAGCCUGUUCACGUAGUGAGCCCGAGAGGAGAGCAGGACAUGAGGGACCGGGCCUUGUUGGUCAUCUUCUCACAAACUGGCUCCGAUGAGAACUCAAAGGUCAAAGCGAGCUUACUCCACACAGCUGAACAAUCCAAGUUCUUGUCCCCUGCUGAAAUCAAAAAGGCCCGCUGGCCGAAGAGGCGCAGGAGCAAACGGGGCCAGAAAGAACAAACUGUGAGAAGCCCGCAGGCGUCCAAAAAAGGGAAUGAAAAAUCUCUCUGUCGCAGAGUCGACUUGCAGGUAGACUUUAAUCAAAUUGGCUGGGGGUCCUGGAUCAUCUUCCCUAAAAAAUAUAACGCUUUCCGCUGCGAGGGCUCCUGCCCCAGUCCCCUGGGAGAAGACCUGAAUCCAACAAAUCAUGCUUACAUGCAGAGUUUACUGAAACAUUUCCACCCAGACAGAGUGGCAGCGCCCUGCUGUGCCCCGACCAAAAUGAGCCCGUUAAGCAUGCUGUACUAUGAAAACGGAGAGAUGCUCCUUCGACAUCAUGAAGACAUGAUUGUGGAUGAAUGUGGCUGCCAGUGA